GAUAGACUCGCAGCCCAUUCUCUAGCAGAGUUCGCGCUCCCCUGCCCAGGCAAGGAGCCGGCCUCGAAUUCAGCUGUCCUUCCACGUCCCUCCUUUCUCUCUGCGCCUGCUGCCGCCGCCGCCGCCGCUACCGGUCUUCCAUUGUGUGGUGCCUGUUCUCUUUAGCUCCGCUUCCCGCCUCAGUCCUGAACCUCGCUGGGAGCGAGAUUAACUCGAGAACUGCUGAACCUCCAGUUGCAAUGGAGCUGUACGGAAAGAUGGCCUCUGCCCAAGAUUCCAGGUAUGGCCAGAAAGAUUCCUCUGACCAGAACUUUGACUACAUGUUCAAAUUGCUGAUCAUCGGCAAUAGCAGCGUGGGGAAAACAUCUUUUCUGUUCCGUUAUGCAGAUGACUCCUUUACAUCUGCAUUCGUCAGCACAGUUGGGAUUGAUUUCAAAGUAAAAACUGUAUUCAAAAAUGAAAAGAGGAUCAAGCUUCAGAUUUGGGCCGCCUGGAAGCAACCAUCAUCUCCUUUUGCUGUGUUGGCAGUCACUCUCCACAUUCAUUCAGCUUGGCCAGGGAAAUUGUUCACGGACACAGCAGGCCAGGAAAGAUACAGGACUAUCACCACAGCCUAUUAUCGCGGCGCUAUGGGCUUCAUUUUAAUGUAUGACAUCACAAAUGAAGAAUCCUUCAAUGCCGUACAAGACUGGUCAACACAAAUCAAAACAUACUCUUGGGAUAAUGCCCAGGUUAUCCUGGUUGGGAACAAAUGUGACAUGGAAGAUGAGCGGGUCAUCUCAACCGAGAGGGGCCAACAUUUAGGAGAACAGCUUGGGUUUGAGUUUUUCGAAACAAGUGCCAAGGAUAAUAUUAAUGUCAAGCAAACAUUUGAGCGCCUUGUGGAUAUCAUCUGUGACAAAAUGUCAGAGAGUUUGGAGAGCGACCCAGCCAUCACUGCCGCAAAGCAGAGCACAAGACUCAAAGAAACGCCUCCUCCGCCACAGCCCAACUGCGGCUGUUAAUGUCUACACACACACACACACACACACACACACACACACACACACACACACACACACGGGCAGCUCCAGAGGGCUCUGGUUGCCAAGAAACAGCAUUUAUAAAUGGUCUAUUAGCCUUCACUUAUACUGCCUAAUAAUUAUUUGAAGGAAGUCUUUGAUGUCAAUGGCCCGUACACGCAUUCAAAUCUUGGGAGAUUGAUUCUGUUUAUAUGUGGCAAAUAUGUGAUCUCAAAUACGUAAGGACUAUCCAUCUAUAAACAUCUGGUACUUGCAUGUGACUUGUUUUUUACUUGUCUUAAAGGCUCUUUUCUUUUUUCCAAAUUUUCUCUUAGUUACACUACUGCUGAGAUCUCAACGAAUAAUUGACAACUGACUUGUGUGUCAGAGAUUCAAAUUAUGCUAUUUACUUGUUAGGAUGAUGAUGAAGGAAUUGCUGUUAUGUGUAUGUGUGUGUGGGGUAUAUCAGGAGACUUUUGCUUUCCUCUUAACUGAAAAGCAAAGGGAGUGUUUGCUCUUGAUUAGGGACACUGUCAUAGUUCACUAUGAGGAAAUGUAUCGAUUUUCCACUCAUUGACAACCAAGGAAACCACUGACUUUAAAGAAAUUGAAAUAUUGUUUUUAAGGCCCUUACAAGUUUCCUUAAGUCAUUAACAUUGACCUGACUGGAAGUAGGUUUAAACAGUAAUUUUAGUGUAUAUGUUAAAUAAGCAAAUACCCUACCCAGGUCUGCACUUUCCGAUGAGUCUCCCCAACUUUCUGAAUAUUUUAGAGCACUGAACAAGCAGAUGUAUACUGAAUGAAAGCCAGUUAUGCUGGCUGAGGAAUUCCAAGGCCUGUGUUCCCAGAUUUCUUUAAUGAUUCUCCCCAUCCCCAUAACACACACUGCCACCACCACAGCCGCCACCACCACCAUCAUUUUCUGGAAACCACCAGCUCUGGAAACAGGCAUUAGGUUGAAGCUUGUUAGGGCUCCUAUUCCUGUAGGAUGUUGAUUUGCUUCCCCAAACACUGCCCCAUGAUUAAACCUCAACUAUGUUCUUCUACCUACUUAGAAGCUGUAGAGAACCUCGUUGGUCUCUCGUUGUACCCCGGAGAGAAACGGCGAUGGGUAUGAGAAAAAGGACUGCCCCCAAACAGUAAAGCGUUUUAUACCCGGGAGAGGUUGGUUAAUUUUUGUCUCGCUGCCCAGCAACCAGUUAACAAGUUACAAAGGCUUGUUUACUUGGAGGGGCUUGUUUACUCCGAGGAGCUCCCGUGAUUUUAGGCUGGCUUUAUCCUGCACGUGUAAUUAUUUUCCAGCUUCAGCGGCUCCCAACAAGAAGCUACUUGAGUAAUAUUUCAUUGGAUCCCAAUUUGAAGAUGAUUUUCAUACAAAAUUUUUUCAAUCACGCAUAUCGCCUAUAUGUCACUAAAAAUGUUUACAUUAAACAGCUUCAGAGCUGAGAGCGAUAGAAGCAUUUAGGAUUAAUACCAGUUUGAGAGAACCAGAAAAAUUUUUGAGCAUCCAUAUUUUUAUCCCAGAUAUCCUGAAGACAUGUAUAAAUAGCAAGCAAACAACAAUUUCCACGACCUUUGUAGAGCACCGGCGGGGAACUCAGGAUUUACGUCAAUGUCUAGCGUUAUUUACAGCUAGGAUUUUAGGAGGGCAGCAGGUAAUGUUCAGCAAAUUUAUGAGGACAGUUCCAUUAGGUGGGCUUCCUUUUUUUUCUUGGUCAUUAUAUUAAAUGUUUCCCUUUCUUUUCAAAAAUAGGAAAGAUUUUCGUAAAAAUAUAGGUUGCAAGGUUAUUAUGCAAAAGUUUUGAUAGAAAAAUAAAUAUAAAUAUAUCUCUGGAGAAAUACUUCCAUAAGUCAGGGAAAUAGCCCCCACACACUAUUAAUAACAUAAAAGAUGAAAAUUAUGGUGAAGAGCACUUGGAGUGUUUUAAGCAUAUCCAUGUUAUUUCUCAUCUUCUUAGUUUCAGAUUCACUAAUUGACCAUAAAUUUCUACUUUGGCUCCCUGCAAGGCAAGCUUAACUUAUAGAGAAAAAAAUAUUUAAUGUUUUAUUAGAUUUUAAUAGGGCAGCCAGCUUCACAAAUGCAGAAAUUAAAAUGAAGAGAAAAAAUAAGCAGGGGGCAUAAAGAAGAGAUUGACCUGCCGUGGUAGUCUGUUAGCAUGACAUUAUCGUGCUUUUAUAACUUGAGCCAGAACAUGGCCAUAUUAAGUGAAAUAAGCUGUUAAGUUUACUUUUCCCAUCUACUGUGAGGUAGUAAAAGUGGGAAAUCCUUCUCUUUCUUCCUCAUAGCCCCUGUCCCAUACAUAACUCACAUGGAAAAGCCCUAGAUCGGAUAUUUCAGAUGAACCUUAAUAUGUAUAUUGUUUUACUGUGGAAAACAAAAUGAGAAAGGGUGAAAAAGGGAAACAGCCAACUUUGAAAACUCUUUCCCCAAAGAACUGAUUGCUAUUAGAAUUAAUUGACCUUUGGACCAGGAGAGCAGAAUUAAGUGCCCACUUGUACUGUCAAAUGUCCUAAAGUUGGACCUCUCUGUGUGCCGGUCAGAAAGAGUGCUACAAUAAUGGCCUACUCAUUACUGCAAAGGAACACCCAAUACUUUGUCCUUUUCAAACCCCAUGGGAGUAGAGCCUUCCUAAUUGAUUCUCAGUUCUGAAGCACCCAUUCUGCUGUGAAUUUCAUUCCAAGUAACUCAAUGAAGUUUCCAGAAACAGUUAUCAGAGAGUUCAAAAACAGAGCACCUCUAUUCCUGACAGAGAAAGAAUGCUCUUUACUCAUAAUUGCAUCCAGAUAUCUUGCCUUUAAAGUAAAAAUUUGGCAAAUAGAGAAAACAGCCUAGGGUUCGUUAAGUGAGCUUCUAUUGGCAUUGAGUUGAAUUAUUUACAAAUUGUAGCACUUUGCCCAAGGUUUUCCAGCCUUUUGGCCACUAGACAUAUGUACACACAUACACACUACCCCUCCACUUGCCGACAACCUAAAUGUCUACAGGUCAUCUUUUCACCAAUGACCUAACUAAAUUUUUAUUUAAAGGAACAAGACACAUUUUAAAAAUAUGUGUUAGUUUGUAAAUCCUGGACAUCAUCUCUUGUUCUCUUUGAUGUAGUUAAAUUAGAAAUUCAAGAAUGAUUUUUCUCUUCCCCUGCUACACAUCACCUGGCCACCCCCACUUCUCAAAAUAGGUUUAUGAAUAAACCCUGACUACUUCAUGGAGAUGCUUCCAAGAACUUUGGUGUUAGUACAUCCCUUCCCUUUCCUAAUGCAAGUGAGAAAUUGGAUGAAAAAUUGUUUCAUUGAAUUAGUCGUCUGUGGAGUGAAUCAGCAUUGCAAACUUUGGGAAUAUGAAUGGGCACAGAAGGUGCAUGAGGUGUUGUUAAGCCCUAAGAUGAUAGGUUAACCACUGGCUUCACAUCCAUGGGCUCAGAAGAAUUACUUCAAAACAAUGAAUCAGUUCAUUGUUGUUAUCCCCACUAAGCAGCUUCUACUGCCAUCAUGAACUUCUAAUGACUUUAAGAAGUAAGAGGUUCACAUAGUUCCCCCUUUGGGUCACUUUCAAUUCAGUAUCUUUUGCUACCUGGUAAAAAAAUGCUAAGAUUUUUAUUUGGAAAAAGGGCUGUAGUGAUGCCUUCAUUUUUGGAAAGCUGUAGCAUUGUGAUGAUAAAUGUAAAAUAUAAAUCCAACAAAAUUACAACUCAAAUUAUAGACGAUAACAAUGCACUCAGUAAACAAAUGUAUAUUUCCCUUCAUUCUUACCCAGAUCAAUUAUAGGUCUUUUGUUUAUUUAGCACAUUAAUCAUGUUUAUGAGCCAAUUUAAACUUCCAAUUGUAACAGCUUUGCUGAUAGACAUUCAGGUAUACAAUGGUCUUUUGAAAUAUCAAAAUGCAUUCUAUUAUUAACUGAAUUUCCAUGAAGCAACAUUAAUUCAUAAUCAAUGGUUCACUGUGAUGUGUUUUAUCCAUAUGUAUCUGAGUGCAUGGCUGAGGUUGUCCUACAAUCUUUUAGUUAACUGUGUAGUAUUUGUGGACCUGUAUUAAAAAUGUAUCCAAACUCUACCAAGACGAGGUAGCAGCUGCAUGUGAAAAACUGUGGCAUCAAUCCUAACAUCAUGGCCAACACUAUUUUAGACCAACAAAUUAGUCUGUUGAUAAUGUUCAUGGCAUGGUCAGAAUGCUCAAUCAGAUGUUUUUGGUGCAGCAUAUGUGGGAGCUAGCCAGUCUGUCUGAUGAACCCUUUCUCUCUAAAUGACAGAUUGCAUGAGGGUCCCUGUCACUCUGUUCUUGGGUGUGUAUUGAGAAGCCAUGCUCACAUGGCCUUGCUAACCACUUUGUUAAAUGCAGCCUCUCUAGCUCCACUCACCUCUUCCUGUUUGUGAACGCUACCUGCCCUUUAAUAGUUUGCCAAUAAAAUGUUGACAUCUUGCUGAUGUACUAAACCUUUUAAUAUUAGGGCCAGUAUUUUGGAUUGCUUUCUAUUUUACAUGAAUUUUUGACCAAAGUUAGUUGCAGACAUCAGCCUAUUUUAUCCCUGAAUUCACUGGAACAAAUUGAAUAGAAGAUCAUGUUAAUGACCAAACCACCCCCACAAAAAUGUCUUUACCCCUAAAAGGCCAUAGAUUCUAGAAAUACAGUAUCCCCUAAGGGGGCACAAACAGAUUGAUGAGAUUUACCGAAAAUGUAUUUAACUAUUGCUAUGGGUAUUUCAUAAAUAAAUGCAUUUUUAAAACCUGCCUAGAAAUGCUCAACACACUAGUUAAAUCAUGGUUCCCUUUGGUCGAUGGAAAUAUUUGCUCUUGGGCCACACAGUGCUACAAUUCCCAACACACACUUACAACCAAUGAUACCUUUCUUAGUAAAGGGAAAAUUCCAUCUAUGGUGCUUUCUCCAUGCUAAGGAAAAGGGAGCAUUUGCUACGUGCCAACUGAAACUCACAUCUUGUUUUAAAAGGACUGUGAAAUAGAUUCUUCACACUGAUUCUAUUAGUCCAGGUCUAUGCCUGUAUGGAUCCCCAUUAAACAGAGAGGGUGGAGAGAAAAUACAUUCUGCAAGCACUCUAGACAGUAGAAAUGAAUGGUUUCAAAGCCUCACACAGAGCUUGAGUGUUAAGAUCAGAUCACCUGGCUAGUGGACAAACUGAACUUUCUCUUUGUGUCUUUCUGUCCUAUUUCCUGAUUUUUUUUUAAAUCAUUUCAUUUUUAAAGCACUAUCCUCAUGGAACAACAAAACCAAGAAAAGGAAUUGAGACUCAAGUUUCACCGUUUAUCUCCUUUCAGCAACUAUUGUUGCCUUUGGGAGUUACCAAUGUAUUUCAUUUACCUGUGUUCAUAUCUCCCUUCACUGUGGACAACUGAGAGUUGGCUGUGGCUUUGUCACUUAAUAAAAUAUUUCCAUACCAUGUUGUUUGGAGCUAAGGAUUGCUUAGUUUCGUGAAUGCUGUUCUUACAGAUGCAGGUGGUGUAUGAGACAGAUAGAAAACUGGCUUUUCAGGGACAUAAGCAUGACCUACAUCUGACUGUUGGUUCCAUAGUCUUUGUCAAAGUGAAGUCUGGGGAUGUCUGCUGUGUCACUGUGAUGACUUCCCACACAUAAUCUCAUCAUCCCUAGGAGGUGUGCUGAAUGAGAACUGUCCUGUAAUUCCUGUUAAUAUAUUGUUAAUGUCAGAUGUGACGUGAUACAGUUGGACUGUCCAAAUGUACAACUAUUUAAUGGUGUUUGUAGAACUGAAAUGUCUUAAAUGUUGCAUGAAAUAUGUUCUAAAAAUAGACUUUUUUUCUAUUUUUCAAAACCUCAGAAUUGAGGGUUCAUGGGCCAAUAAGUGCAAUAUUUAAUGACUUACUCAGUGUAUAUAAACUAGUGUGAAAGAGUGAAUUAUAAUGAACGUGUGACAUACUUCGAUGGCUGUGUGCUUAUUCAAAUGAAUUCUUGUAGCCGUAUUUGUCUAGUGGUGCAAUUUAUACAGUAAAUAUCUUAUUGGUGUCAUGUGAAAUUCCUCUGUGCCUAAUUUAAAGUAAUUUUUUCUUAGAAUACCAAAUGUUUAGUAUCUGCAACUAUGUGUCAAUUUUACAUAUUGAAAUUGUGAGUUUUAUUUUCCAGAAGAAUGACUGUGAGCUUAUUUUAUAAGAGCCUUCCCUUCUAUAAUUCAUAAUUCUCCUUAAGCUUAUUAUGAGUGUACUUAGCAACUAAUUUAUAUACCUAAGAAAAAAUAUGCAUAUAAGGAAGUCACUUUUUUUCUUCUCAAAAACAUCAAUCACAUGUUCUGUCUACUAAGAAUUUCCAUUCUUGUAUUUGUAUGUACAUUUUAUUGUUACUCAACCUUGGGCUUUGUUUGCAGAUUUAACAGUCAACAAUGGGAAUCUUAACAUAUCAAUGUCUUUUUAGAUUAUACUGAUGUUAUAUAUUCACUUUUGAUUCUCAGUUGUCCACACUGGUGAUAAUGGAAGAAAACUCAGCGUCCUUAAUUCACUUUGGCAUGUUAUCAUAGCCUUAUCUAUACAUUCCUGAACCCCUUUGGUUAAACACACAAUUGUUGGCCCAAAACUUCUCUGAGAUGCAAAAAUGAACACCUAAUUUCUGGAUUGCUAAAAACUACAUAAUUAUGCGUAUGAAGGUUAAUGUAGGUCAACAAUUUAAAUUCUUACUUGCCAUUUCAACUUUUAGAGUAAAGCCACAUUCAAACAUGUUAUUCUGUUGUUGGGUUUUUUCUUUUCCUUUAGUUAUCAGGGUAAGCUGUGAUACACCUAGGAAGAAAAACAAGUUGCAGCGUAUUCAUUUAUAACGUUGAAGUGCAGCUCGUUCUGAGAGCUGUGGAAGUCUGUACAUGUGACACUGCCUUCGGUUCUCUCUAUGGCCCUUGACUGGAAAUUGACGUGUGAGGAUGUGCCAACCCUACGAAAUGGCUUUGGGCCGUGUGGCCAGUGUAUGGCCCACACUGAACUGUGACUGAAAGUUGUACUCAGCUCUCUAAACCUACUGAAGAGGUCAAGGGAAGAUGAGGAAGACAGAGAUUAGUGACAACUUUGUGCCAAAUUUUUUUAAAGGAAAGAAAAAUGUAAGCAAGUAGCCAACAUUAGGAUGAUUAUUUAAAAGUGUGGUUAAAUGUUUUGUUUGCUGUCACAUCAUUAUUGAAUGCUGUGUACUCGUUACUAUGGGAAUCAAAUGUGGAAGAGGCAUAGCUCCUGUCUCUAAUGGGAGUAAGGAAAGAAAUGCAAGGUGUAAUUUAAAUGCUAGGUUAUGUCAGAAUACAGGAGCACAGAGCUGGGAACCUCUAGGAACUGGAAGAGUGAGGAGCAGCUCCACUGAUGAGGUCACAUAUAAUCCCAGAAAGAAUUAGAUAGUGAGAAGACGGUGCCAGGCCGAUAAGUGGGAGAGACCACAGUACAUUCCCUGUGAAUGGAAGGAGAUUUGGCAGCUAUAGAUCACUGUUUUCUCAAAACAACCAGAGUGACCCUCUGAAAAACCUCUAAUUGCCCCAGCUUAGCUCCCUGCAUUUUGGUUUCCAUUUGGAAGACAAGCUGCUAUUUCAUCACGCUCCUCUGUGCAGAGCUGCCUCACAAUGAACCCUGAAACCCAAUUGCUUUUAAGCCACAUUAGAGCAAUUAAUGUAGACAUUUGCCAGUGUACCAAACCUUGAGACAUUAUUUAACCUAAUGUCACCCAUGCAGAUGUGUACCCAGAGAUUUUUCUGAAGCUCCAUGUUUCCUAAGAAGGGAAUUAGGAAACACGUGAUAAAGAUCCCCCUUGUGACCGGGCACUUUGGGCUCCUUCUCAGUGACUGCGCUGUGGAUCUCUUCUUGAGAAAAUAUUGAAAACAGCUUAAUGCUUUCAUAUAGUGAUUGUGAUGUUUAGUUGAAAACUACUGCUGCAUAGCGAAUAUUGUGACUCUUAAUGUGUCCACAGGAGCUCUUGUCUGGGUUUAAAGCUAUAAAAUGUAUUCACAUUGUGAAGUUUUAUCUUUAUUGAAAUUAAUUGUGUAAAAAUGGUAUGUGCUCUAUUAGAUAUUAAGUUUAUAUGUGAAUUCUGUAUGGAAAGUGGGUUUUGUUCUUUGAGUUUACCUUGUAUUAUUUUUUGAAGAUUACAAUAAAUAUCUAAGAGACUAUAUUCCUGAA